UUAAACAUAAACAAAGCUAAAUUAAUAUGCAUUGCCCAUAAUAUAAGUGAUAUCUGUUCCUUUAUUUCCUCUUUCCCUUUUGGCUUUUAUUUUCUUGUUUGUGUAUGUUGAGGGUUUCCAGUUUCGGAUAGAAAGAAGAAGAAGAGAGAUAGACGCAGCAGCAGCAAACACAAUCCCAGUGAAUCACAGCAGCCGCAGUAUGAUGAGGACAUGCACCACUGCUACAUUUCUACUCAUCACAGCUCUCUUCUUCACCGCCGAACCUCAGCUUCUCAAUUCCUGCUCCACCGCCAAUGACUGCCCCCACGGCCUUUACUGCGGCAAUUGCCCCUCCCUCGCCAAAUCGCAGCCAUUCUGCAUCAGAGGCCAAGCUCAAAUCCCUACUUCCGUGGUCAGUGGACUGCCGUUUAACAAAUACUCCUGGCUCCUCACUCAUAAUGCUUUCUCAAUUGUGGAUGCGCCUCUGCUGACUGGUGCUCAAAGAGUCACUUUCUACAAUCAGGAGGAUUCUGUUACUAAUCAGCUGAUGAAUGGAGUGAGGGGGUUGAUGCUGGAUAUGUACGACUUCGCGAAUGAUAUCUGGCUCUGCCAUUCCUUCCGCGGCCAGUGCUACAACUUCACUGCCUUUGAGCCAGCAGUCGAUGCAUUGAAAGAAGUGGAAGCGUUCUUGACACAGAACCCUUCGGAGAUUGUUACCAUCAUAAUUGAGGAUUAUGUUCGUGCGCCCAAAGGGUUGACACGGGUGUUUGCCGAGGCUGGUUUGGAUAAAUAUUGGUUUCCCGUUGCCAAAAUGCCAAGGAGAGGUGCGGAUUGGCCCACUGUCAACACCAUGGUGAAGAACAACUAUAGGCUGCUAGUUUUUACUUCCGAUUCUUCUAAAGAGGCGUCUGAAGGAAUUGCAUACCAGUGGAAGUACAUGGUGGAGAAUGAACCGGGAGAUCCAGGGGUGGUGCCUGGAUCGUGCCCUAACAGAAAGGAAUCAAAGCCACUUAACUCGAAAAGUGCCUCUCUGUUUCUGAUGAAUUACUUCCCAACUAUUCCAGUUCAAAGUGAAGCUUGCAAGGAGCAUUCUGCACCACUUGCUGAUAUGGUGGGAACUUGUUACAAAGCUGCUGGGAAUAUGAUGCCCAAUUUUGUGGCAGUGAACUUUUACAUGAGAAGUGAUGGAGGAGGGGUAUUUGAUGAUCUGGAUCGAAUGAAUGGCCAGACAUUGUGUGGGUGUGCAACCGUCUCUGCUUGCCAGGCUGGAGCACCUUUUGGAAGUUGCAAAGCUGUUGGCAUGCCUAACACGAGCUCCACAACUACAGGCAAUGCUGGAAGCUUCUCUGGGUCUGUUCAGUUAUCCGGAGACGCAUCAGCGGUCAAUGCUCCUGGUGUGUCAUUCAUGUGCUUGUUUCUGGUCCUUAUAACCUUUUGCUUAUUUUGAUGAGGAUCGAAACAUGGAAGCUCCGUUGAGGUGCACAGAUGAGUUAAACCUAGGGUCUCCUAUUGCUGUAGCCUCUGAAGUUUUGGGUUCAGAAUAUAUUAGCUAUAGAUAAGACGAUACUAUCUUACAGCAGACAUUGAGGAAUCAACUACGGAGCUCGGAAUAGAGAGAGCGACAGGGAAGACAGGCCAAAUGCUAUGAGGUGCGGCCACUUUCUAUAUAUACUUCUUCCAUUCUACGUGUGCGCCUGUGGCAUGAGUUUCUGAUCUCAUUUUACCGUGUAGUUUGCUGGUCGUUGAGUUGUGGAGAUUGUCAAAAAAGUGUGGAUACAGCAUUAUUGUUAGACAUGAAAAUCUAGUACUAUUAUUAUUGCAUACAAAGCACCUCUUCUAUGUUCCACUUGCAAUUAUAAAUCAUUUAUUUUCAA